AUGCGAAGGAGGGAGGACAGAGGAAAAAGGGCACCAACUCCAUGGACCAACCCACUGCGUGUUGAGUCCUGCCCCGCGCUCCGCUGCGCACAUCGCACUCACAGCGCGCAGUGAUCCACUGAACACCGCGUCCUCCUCCUCUUCCUCCUCCUCCUCCUCUCCGGCGGUGGGAUCGCUACUGCUGCAGCCCCUGCUGAGGGCUUCACUGGAUAUUGGCACGAAUGUGUUCAGGCUGCUGCCUCUCGACGCCUCCUAGCGCGCGGCCCGGGCACUACAAAAAAGAAGAAAAAAGAAGAAAAAAAGAAGGAAUUUGUGGAGGAACAUUUUCAAACCACAUCCUACGUUUCCCCUCUGCGUCCAGAAGCUGACCGCUUCUGACCUAACGCAUUUUUUUUAAAUAAGGAAAGGAAGAAUGCCUAGCCAGAAGACGUCAUGACACCUUGGAUCUAACCUUGAAAUAUACAUAUUUAUUUUUACUUAAAGAAGAAAAAGAAAGCAUUUGCCUGUCGUACCCCACAAAAUAAAAUGACCACGGAGUCCUUCCACGCGGCCUACGCUGCGGUGGCCCCGUCCGCCGUCCCCAUGGCAUCCUCCUCGGGGAACCUGCUCCGCAUGUUCCGCGCGUACCAGAGCAACGCCGUCAUCCUGGAGCACUACAACUUCACGGGCAAGCUGCAGGAGAACAAGUACAAGCAGGGCAUCAAACCCGAGGCCAUCGCCUUCCUGCUGGUCUGCCUGCUCAUCGUCGCCGAGAACGCCGUGGUGCUGCUCGCCAUCUGGAAGAACAAGAAGUUCCACGUGCCCAUGUACUACCUGCUGGGCAACCUGACGCUCUCCGACCUGCUGGCCGGCUUCACCUACAUGGUGAACAUCGUCACGUCCGGCUCCAACACCAUGAGCAUGACCCCGGUGCUGUGGUUCCUGCGGGAGGGCGGCGUCUUCAUCAUGCUCGCCGCCUCCAUCAUCAGCCUGCUGGCCAUCGCCAUCGAGCGCCACGUCACCAUGGUGAGGAUGAAGCCGUACCAGGGCGACAAGCAGGGCCGGAUGUUCGCCCUGAUCGGCGCCAGCUGGGUGCUGUCCGUGUUCCUGGGCGUCCUGCCCGUCCUGGGCUGGAACUGCAUGGGCCGCCUGGACCAGUGCUCCACGGUGCUGCCGCUCUACGCCAAGAGCUACAUCCUCUUCUGCAUCACCGUGUUCAGCGCCGUGCUCAUGGCCAUCGUGGUGCUGUACGUGCGCAUCUUCCGCAUCGUCAAGUCCAACACCCAGCGGCAGGCGUCGGUGCCGCAGCGCAAGGGCCUCUUCCGCAAGUCCCAGAAGUACAUGGCCCUGCUGAAGACGGUCACCAUCGUGCUGGGCGUCUUCAUCGCGUGCUGGCUGCCCCUCUUCAUCCUCCUGCUGCUGGACUUCUGCUGCCCGGCCAAAAGCUGCGGCGUGCUGUUCAAGGCCGACUACUUCCUGGGCAUCGCCAUGUUGAACUCGCUGCUCAACCCCAUCAUCUACACGCUGACCAGCAGGGACAUGAGGAGGGCCAUCCUGAGGCUGCUGUGCCGACGCUGCCUCAUGACCAAAGACGGGCAGGUGAAGACAUUCGGGAUGCCGUUCCUGGAGUGCAGCACCAGCAAGACGGACGGGCCCUCUCACCGGCUGGAGGGCAUGGAGACGACGGUGUCCUCCGGGAACUGCACGCCGGCGGCCGUCAAAGCCGUGUACCCCAGGAUGUCCACGACAUGACCGAGGGAGGACGCAGCCAGAGAUGCGCUCCGGCUUUUUUUGGGGGUGGUUGCAUGCACUCUGCCGGGGUUCUAGUAUUAGGCCGAAUGAGCUCGAUGUGACGGAAGUCCACGUUUUUUGGGAGAAAGAGGAACUUUUGAAGUUGAUCUAUAAUCACGAAAAGGCACCUUUAGUAGCAAGCGGCAGAUGGUUGUGGGAAAACUAGCAUUGCUUUAAUCUUUUUAAGACAACAAGAUCAGUAUUUAUCAGAGGCUUUUCGUGUGUGUGUGUGUGUGUGUGUGUGUGUGCAGAGUACAUUUACGGCAUACAUCUGACAGACACGGGGCCAAAGCCACGGCAGCAGGAGGGGGACCCGCGUCUCCUCCUCCUGCGUCAGCGGGUAAUGAUACGGCGUUGACGAAACUACGGCGGCGUCCACGCCCUGAAAAAAAGUCGGCUGCCAAACCCACGUAAUGUGUGCCAUGUGAGUUUUGGUCAGCAGCGGCGGGUAGUCCCCCCCCCCCCCCAUAGGGCCCCAGAUCAGAGGCUUUUCUUGCGGCCCUGGAGGCCCCGCUUGCAGCGACACACGAUGAAGGACUCGACGGCAUUAAAGCAGCGAACCGCUGACACGUGUGGACAAAACGAGGUUUUUCUUUUCUUUUCCACGCCGGCGAAAACAAAACGUUCGACGUGAAACGAUGAUGAUGAUGAUGAAUGCGCUUCUCUCCGCGAUGACAUCAUCCCGUCCCACAGAGCAGCGAUCUGUCGAGGCCCCGACGACAGAGGAGGCUUCAAA